GCCGGCACUAGGCGUAAUCCUUCCUGCAUUCCCGCCCAUCAUCAACCAAGACCGCAUAACCUCUUUUCAGAUAACAACAAGAUUGGUGACUACAAUACAGGCGUUCUAAAAAAUGGCUACAAUAUCUCUUGAUCCCUUGGGAUCAACGUCGAGCUUCUCGUCUCCGUUCGCAGAUCAAGGAUACACGGAGAAUGACAUGACAUUCAGGCUGCUCACGCUGAAUUGCUGGGGUCUCAAAAUGGUGUCUAAAUUUCGCGAGGAGCGAAUGCGCUACAUCGCCAACACGCUGGCAAAUACCGAGGUCGACAUUGCGGCCCUUCAAGAGUGCUGGGUUGAAUCUGAUUUCCUCUACAUGCGACAAAAAUGUCAGCACAGGUUUCCGUACAGCAAAUUCUUUUACAGUGGAAUUAUAGCAGGACCUGGCCUUGUUGUAUUUUCUCGGUUCCCUAUCGAAUCAGUCAGCAUGACUCCAUACACUAUCAACGGACGACCCUCUGCCUUUUUCCGUGGAGACUGGUUCGUAGGGAAAGGUGUUGCCUCUGCAAUCAUUCGUCAUCCGGCGAGCGGGGUCGCGAUCGAACUAUUCAAUACACACAUGCACGCUCCGUAUGGACCUGGAGACGCAUCGUAUGUGUGUCAUCGAACUUCUCAAGCUUGGCAGCUGGCACGACAGAUCCGUGCAGCUGUUGAGCGUGGACACUUGGCAAUAGCUGUGGGUGACUUCAACUCAAAGCCAGACAGUUUGACCUACAGCUUACUCACGAAGCGGGCGGGUCUUCAAGACAGCUGGACGACGGUUCAUGGUGAUUCACGAGAAGCAAUCAAGCCUGAGUCGCUAUCACCAGCCGAACAGAUCGAGACUCUAGGUGUUACUUGCGACUCGAAACUAAAUACCUGGAGAGAGUUUUGCGAUAUUUCGAAAGCGCAGCGACUUGACUACAUUUUUCAUGAGCCCCAUCUAUCGACUGUCAAGAAUAUCGAGGUCGCUUUUGUGGACCGGGUUCCGGGGCUGAACGUGUCUGCCUCUGAUCAUUUCGGAGUCAUAUCGACAAUCAAAGUACUACCGAUGGCCGCACACAAACUUGAGACAGGUCUAGAGCAAGUUUCAGAGUCCAGAAAGAGGAUAGGUCUGCCUGCGUCGAGCUACGAGCAGAUCCUAGACACAAUCCAUGACUAUCUACCGACCGCGCACGCGCAAAAGUACUACAGAACCCUGCACUUCUUUGUCUCAAUUGGAGCCUUAGUGGCCUUGCAUAUCGGCAUAUUCUGGGUUGACAAAGGAUGGGGCGGCUUUAUCAUGAUGCUUGCGGCAACUGCUAUCGGCAUCACUGGCGUAGUUGAUGGAAUGAUGGGAUACUUGUUUGGGCGGAAUGAGUUGCGUGCACUUCAGCAGUUUGAGGACGAGGUUUCUUGGGAGAUGACUCUUGCAAAGACGCAGAAUGAGUCUCCGGAUACUGCUGUUAAUUCUAUUGACCUCAAGGGAAAAUGAGGUGGUUAAUCAAGUCAAGUUUCAUAGAUUUAAUAAUUAUUCUCAAUUGCGAGUGUUAUGAAGUAAAGGAGCGCGAGAAGAUUGCAAUCCUAUCAUCACCAACUACUAUAAACCAACAAUGCUGACAGCAAUAACUGUUAAUUGUAGUAUAUAAAAUAAUCUUGGCUGGAUAGGCUGACGCAAAUCAUGAUGACUACCAUACGAUUGAGCAAGUGCGUUUAUCAAGCUUCCGAAAGGUCAGGAUCCGAUUACG